ACCUCAGUCUCAUCGACAAAGAAUCAGAUGAUGUCUUGGAAAGGAUCAUGGAUGAGAAAACAGCAAGCGAGCUGAAGAUUUUGUAUGGUCACAGUGGACCUGUCUAUGGCACCAGCUUCAGUCCCGAUAGGAACUAUCUGCUCUCCUGCUCUGAAGAUGGCACCGUCAGAUUGUGGAGUCUCCAAACGUUCACGUGUUUGGUGGGAUAUAAAGGACACAACUAUCCAGUAUGGGAUACACAAUUCUCUCCGUAUGGUUAUUACUUUGUGUCAGGGGGACAUGACAGAGUGGCUCGUCUGUGGGCAACGGAUCACUACCAGCCUUUACGGAUAUUUGCUGGCCACCUUGCUGAUGUGACGUGUACCCGUUUUCAUCCAAACUCUAACUAUAUUGCCACGGGCUCGGCAGACAGGACUGUACGGCUCUGGGAUGUCUUGAAUGGGAACUGUGUAAGAAUAUUCACUGGACAUAAGGGACCAAUUCAUUCAUUGGCAUUUUCUCCCAAUGGCCGAUUCCUGGCUACUGGAGCAACAGAUGGAAGAGUUCUGCUGUGGGAUAUUGGACACGGCUUGAUGGUUGGAGAAUUGAAAGGGCACACUGACACUGUCUACGCACUCAGAUUCAGUAGAGAUGGGGAGAUUUUAGCAUCAGGUUCAAUGGAUAACACCGUUCGUCUGUGGGAUGCUGUGAAAGCAUUUGAAGAUUUAGAAACUGAUGACUUCACAACAGCCACUGGACAUAUAAACUUGCCUGAAAACUCACAGGACUUGUUACUAGGUUCAUACAUGACCAAAUCAACACCGGUUGUACACCUCCAUUUCACACGCAGAAACUUGCUGCUGGCUGCAGGAGCCUACACUUCGCAGUAAGCCAGGAAGCUGUGAGACUGACUGCGCCAAGUCGCUGCAGUAGUGACCUCCGGACGUGAGAGGAGGAGGAGGAGGAAUGUCUUGUGCAAGGUGGACCUAGUCGGUUGCAGGAAAAAUGGAACUAUGUAAACUAGAGCAAGCAGCAUCUUCUCAGUUCUGCUAUUUCAUACUGAUCCACAGUUUGAAAGGGCUGGAGAUUGGCAAGACAUCGUGGCUGUAAAAGAAGGAAUUGUUUAUGGUGCUUUUGA